GUCUACGAGCUCAUCAACUCGCGCUGGAUCGACCAGGGCACCGCUUUUUGCUUCGGCCACUACGACGACUCCACCCAGGAGGCCCUCCUCAUCGCCCGCGCAGAGUCCAGCUACAGCGAGGUCAUCCUUCAAACUAGCAUUCGCUCCAGCGACGUCUAUCAGCGGCAGCAGGACACGCUCAUCGUCUGGACCGAGCCCGACGGCGUCGACUACGCGCUCAGCUUCCAGGACCCCGAGGGCUGCGCCGAGGUAUGGCAGUUCAUCCUCGAAGUACAGCGCAUCCACCAGACCGGAUCUGGUGCCGGCGGCGCAGGACCUGACCCAUCCCUGGCGCCGGCGAACAUCAUCAAAAACGGUCUCCCGCAGCCCGCGCUCGGUAUAAUUGGCGAUAUAGAGAAGGCGAUCAAGAUGAUGUCGCGUGUCGCGACGGGGAAGGACAAGGUCUGCGAGUACAUACAUCGAUCGAAAUACCUCAAGGGGAUGAUCGACGUUCUCGCGCAGGCGGAGGACCUCGAGUGCCUCGACGACUUGCACGCGCUGUGUACUCUGAUGCAGACGAUCCUCUUGAUGAACGACCAUACUUUGUAUGAGCAUAUACUGGACGACGAGUACUUUAUCGGUGUUGUAGGCAUGCUCGAAUACGACCCCGAGUUCCCGACGCACAAGGCGAACUACCGCGACUUUUUGCGCACGUCCGCCAACUUCCACGAGCCGAUCGCGCUGCACGACGCGAGCGUGCAGAAGAAGGUGCACCACACGUACCGGCUGCAGUUCCUCAAGGACGUCGUCCUCGCGCGCAUCCUCGACGACUCGACGUUCAACGUGCUCAACUCGUGCAUCAUCUUCAACCAGAUCGACAUCAUCAACCACGUGCAGAACGACGUGCGCUUCCUCGGCGAGAUCGUCGACCUCUUCGUCAACGCGGACGGGAGCGCGCGCGCCGAGGACGACGACAACGGGCUGGGGACUUUGUCGCGCCGGCGCGCGGUGCUCCUGCUGCUGCAGCAGCUGUGCAUCAUGGGCAAGAACGUGCAGCUGCCGACGCGCAUGGCGCUCUUCAAGCUGCUCGUCGACCGCGGCGUCGUGCACGCGACGCAGUGGGCGCUCGCGCGCCCCGAGGGCGAGCCGGAGGGGCGGCGGAUGAUCGCGGUCGGCGGGGAGGUGCUCACGACGCUGCUGGACCACGACGUGAACGGCGUGCGGGAGCACGUGUUGCGGCAGUUCGAGGGCGUCGAGGGCGCGGGUGCGGGCCCGAGCAGUGGGAGAGAGAGGGAGCAGACGCUGCUGUCGUUGUUGUGCUUGAUGCUGGUGAGCAGCCGCGAGUUGGCGGUGCAGACGCUCGUUGGGGAUGCGCUGCGGAUGAUGCUCGAGAUGCCGCUGCCGGACGGCGCGGAUCCUAUGGUGCGUGUCUCCUUUUCCCGACUCCAUGGGCAGACGCUGCCUAUAUGCGCCGUGCCUGGGCUGAUUCUCACUUUUAUUUUUCCCCGUGCAGCAGAUUCCGACGAAGAUGUUCUCGCGUCCAAAGGACGACCCCAAGACGGAACGUUUUCUCGACUGUUUCUACAAGCUCUGCAUUCACCCGCUGCUCAAGCCUGUCUUCGACGUCCCAGACCGCAAGCUAUUCACAGGUGA